GUUGGUGUGACAGUUCUAUCGCUAUUAUCGCCUAUGAAUCUGUUUCAGCUUGUAAGAGAAGAGAAGAAGGAGGGAGGGAUAGAAUGCACUCGGGCCACGUCAUGUGAUUUUUGUUUGUAUCAUUUUUUAUAGAGUUUCAGAAACGUCCCAUGGGCUGUUAGCAGAUUUUUCCAAACCUUUUGAACUCUCUUUUCUUUGGCCAGGCUCAGCCAGCAUUCUUUCCCUCGUCUUUUUCUCUCUCUCUCUCUUUUGGAAGGUGCUCCGGUCCAAGUGUGUGACGUGUUAGUGGAGUUACAGCCUGUGUUUCGCAGUGGUGAUUUAAGUACUUGCGGACGAAUGGAGGAGAGGAUGUUUACUUGACCUGUCAAUGGGACUACAGGGCUGAAGUUGUAAACAAGUUGAACUGCUGGUAUUUAUUUAGGCUUGACGCUGUGUGCUUUGUCCUCAUAGGGUGGCACAACGGACAGAGAGAACAGCGGGAGAGCGUAGUGUGAGGGUGUGUAUGUGUGUUUGGAAGAGAGAAACAGAGACAGCAUGUAGUGUGUGUGAAGGAGAGAGUAACCGUAACCUGGAUCUAUUGCACAUGGACAGAGGGAGGUAGAUGAGCCACUAGAACACCUAGGGAGUCUUCCUGAUGAGGAGGGAGGACCACUGACGCCAGAGAAGACCAGAGAGGGAGAUCAACAACACUAAGCUAGGCCAGGAUGAGGUACCGAGGCAGGGAGGUGGGAGGUGAGGGCAGAGUUCAUAGAGUUAUGGAGAGUACUCUGACAGCCCGGGACAGGGUGGGGGUGCAGGACUUUGUGCUGUUGGAGAACUACACUAGCGAGGCGGCCUUCAUUGAGAACCUGCGUCGACGCUUUGGAGAGAAACUCAUCUAUACCUACAUAGGGUCAGUGUUGGUAUCAGUGAACCCAUACAAGGACCUGGAGAUCUACUCCAAGGCGCACAUGGAGCGCUACCGAGGGGUCAGCUUCUACGAGAUAUCACCCCACAUCUAUGCGGUGUCAGACAACACGUACCGAGCCAUGCGGACUGAGAGGAGGGACCAGUGUAUCCUGAUCUCUGGGGAGAGCGGAGCAGGGAAGACUGAGGCCUCUAAGAAGAUCCUCCAGUACUAUGCCACUACCUGCCCUGUCACUGACCACAUGAGCACGAUCCGGGACCGGCUGCUGCAGUCCAACCCUGUUCUUGAGGCCUUUGGUAAUGCCAAAACAUUGCGAAACGACAAUUCCAGCCGCUUUGGAAAAUACAUGGAUGUCCAGUUUGACUUCAGGGGGGCACCCAUAGGAGGCCACAUCCUCAACUACCUACUGGAGAAGUCUCGUGUGGUGCACCAGAACCACGGAGAGAGGAACUUCCAUAUCUUCUACCAGCUGCUGGAGGGAGGAGAACAAGACCAGCUCAGCAAGCUGGGCCUGGAGAGAAACGCUCAGAAAUACCACUACCUGGUCAAGGGUUGCUGUCCCAGGGUGAGCUCCAUCAAUGACAAGAGUGACUGGAAAACAGUGAGGAAAGCCCUGACCGUCAUCGGCUUCCAUGAAGAGGAGGUGGAGGAUCUGUUGAAUAUAAUUGCAAGUGUCCUUCAUCUUGGGAACACUCAGUUUGGAGAAGGGGAGGAUGGAGAAACCCAGAUCACCACUGAGUCACACCUCACAUAUCUGUCCAAGCUGUUGGGUGUGGAUGGACCAGCACUGAGAGAGGCUCUCACUCAUAAGAAACUCACUGCCAAAGGGGAAGAGAUGAUAGGCCCGUUGAGUUUUGAACAGGCUGUGGCAGCCCGUGAUGCCUUGGCCAAAGCGGUUUACGGCCGUGCCUUCACCUGGCUGGUGGCGAAGAUCAACCAGUCUCUGGCUUUCAAGGAUGAAGUGUACAACAGCAGUAAGGGCUCAUCAUCAGUCAUAGGACUGCUGGAUAUCUAUGGCUUUGAGGUCUUCCAACACAAUAGUUUUGAGCAGUUCUGCAUCAACUACUGCAAUGAGAAGCUGCAGCAGCUGUUCAUCAAGCUCACCCUCAAGUCUGAGCAGGAGGAAUACGAAGCAGAGGGCAUCACUUGGGAGCCGGUGAAGUACUUUGACAACAAGAUCAUCUGUGACCUGGUGGAGGAGAAACACAAAGGCUUUAUCUCCAUCCUGGAUGAGGAGUGUUUGAGGCCAGGGGAGCCCAGUGAUAUCUCCUUCCUGGAGAAGCUUGAGGACACUUUGGGAGGCCAUGCCCAUUUUGUCACUCACAAAUUGGCAAAUGGGAAGACACGCAAGGCGGUGGGCAGGGAGGAGUUCAGACUGAUUCAUUAUGCUGGAGAGGUCAACUACACUGUCAAUGGGUUUCUGGACAAAAACACCGACCUGCUCUACAGAAACCUGAAAGAGGUCAUAUGCCAGUCAGAUAACCAAAUCCUGAGUCAGUGCUUCCACAGAGAGGAGGUGACGACCCAAAAACGCCCAGAGACGGCUGCCACUCAGUUUAAGAACAGCCUGGCCAAACUGAUAGAGAUCCUGAUGUCUAAGGAGCCAUCCUAUGUGCGCUGUAUCAAACCCAACGAUGCCAAGCAGUCAGGGAGGUUUGAUGAGGCUCUGGUCAGACACCAGGUCAAAUAUCUGGGUCUGAUGGAGAACCUGAGAGUCAGGAGAGCUGGCUUUGCCUACCGCCGGCGCUAUGAAGCCUUCCUACAGAGGUACAAGUCUCUGUGUCCCGGGACGUGGCCUAACUGGCAGGGCAGACUGGCUGAUGGAGUUGCCACUCUGGUCCAACACCUGGGCUAUAAAGCAGAGGAAUACAAAUUGGGAAAGACCAAGAUCUUCAUCCGUUUCCCAAAGACUCUGUUCACCACUGAAGAUGCCUUGGAGGCCAGGAGGCCCGCCCUCGCUCUCACACUACAGACCUCCUGGAGGGGCUACAGAGAGAGGGCCAAGUACCACCGCAUCAGAAACGCAGUGCUAGUGAUCCAGUCUGCCUGGAGAGGGAUGAAAUCCCGCCGUAAGGCAAGGCGCCGCAGACACGCUGCUGAAAUCAUACGCAAGUUCAUCAAGGGCUUCAUCUACCGCCACUAUGAGCGCUGUCCAGAGAAUGAGUACUUCCUGGACCAUCAGCGUUUCUCUUUCCUGAUGACGCUGGUUAGGAACCCGCCCAAGAGUGUCCUGGACAAGAGCUGGCCCGUCCCCCCACCUAGCCUCACUGAGGCGUCAGAGCACCUGUGCAGGCUGUGUAUGCAGAACAUGAUGCGGGCCUACUGCAGGAGGAUCCAGCCAGAGUGGAAGAAACAGAUGGAGCAGAAGGUGGUAGCCAGUCAGAUCUUCCAGGACCAGAAGGACAGCUAUCCCCAGAGUGUCCCCAAGCUGUUUGUGGCCUCCAGACUAGACAGUGAGGAGUUCAACCUCAAAGUGAUACAGACUCUGGGCAAUGACAAAGUGAAGUAUGGAGUUGCGGUGACUAAGUAUGAUAGGAGGGGUUACAAGGCGCGGCCGCGCCAGCUGCUCCUCACCUCCUCCUUUGCUGUGCUGGUGGCUGAGGCCAAGCUGAAGCAGAGGAUCGACUACACGGCCCUGAGGAGCAUCUCUGUGAGUUCUCUGACUGAUGGGUUCAUGGUUCUUCACGUGCCCAGUGAGGAUAACAAGCAGAAGAGUGAUGUGGUGCUCCAGUGUGAUCAUGUGAUCGAGGUGGUGACCAAGCUGGCCACCAUGGCGGACAAGAAGAACAAGGUCAACAUCAGCCAGGACAGUAUUAAGUUUGCGGUGGCUCGGGGGAAGGAGGCGGUCAUUGAUUUCACCAGUGGACCAGAACUGAAGGUAGCCAAAGGCAAGAAAGGACACCUGCUGGUGACGGCCCCUCAACUCAACCCAAGAUGACGACCUCGCUGUAAUCCACAGAGAACCAAUCAUUCCACAGGAUGAUUUCCUGCUUUAGCCAAUCAGAUUAUAGCCACACAGAAGUUAUUUUUCUCCAUUAAAUGUGAGACCACAGCCAUACACUGCCUACUACAAGAUCAUUAUGUUCUCCGUUAGCACAAUUGAACUUAUAAAUCUUAAUUUAGAUAGUUAUUGAUUUAAAAUGACAUAUUAUCAUAUAUAAAUGGAUUGAGGUUUUGCCGGAAUUCAUAAUACUGUUUAUUAACAAAACUCGUAUUAAAUGAAACAACACAUUUUCAAUCUUAUGCUUCAUCUUUAUUUUGUAGUCCUUUACAAUAUAUUUGCUCUUGUAUGUAAAAAAAAUAUAUAUAUAUAUUUAGAUUUCCAUAAUAACAAAAAUAAACACCAUUUUACAAAUAAAUAAGUAAUAAAUAAGUAAAUAAAUAGGCAAAAAGGCAUCUUUGGAAAGUACAGUGAAGUGAAGUGAGGACUGUUGAGAAAGGGGAUGUUGGGUAGUGUUUCUCAACACUCUUCCAGCUCUCAGCUGUUAGAGUCAGCGAGAGAGAGAGAAAGAAAAGAAGGAAACUCCGGGAGAAACCCAGAGUAGAGUAAGACAUACAGUAACACUAUGCGUAAACUUGGUUUCAGUCUAACAAAGUCAACCGAGCAUCUCACAACAAUGAGAAAUCAUGAUCUUAAGGAAUACUAGAAAUUAUAAACCAGGUAGUUUGGCUCCUGGAUGCUGAUUGGCGGAAAAGCCGUAGUAUAUCAGACAAUAUACCCUGGGUAUGACGCAAAACUACUUGUUUUCUGUUAUAAAUACGUUGGUAACCAGUUUAUAAUAGCAAUAAGGCACCUCUGGGGUUUGUGGUAUAUGGGCAAUAUACCACAGCUAAGGGCUGUAUCCAGGCACUCUGGGAUGCAUCAUGCCUAAGAACAGCCCUUAUCCUUGGUAUUUAGGGCCAUAUACCACACCCCCUCGGGCCUUAUUGAUUCAUUGAACCCUAUCAUUAAUGCAGUUGAAAUAACAACAGCAGGUAUUGACAUCACUUGGCAAUAUUGAGUCACAGUACUGUAUUUCUGUCAUAGUAAUACUGAAUGAAAUAUAUAAUUAUUAUCAACUUAUAAUAACGCUGAUUAUUAUCAUCAUAAUGAAUAAUACUAAUAUCAUUAUUAUUGGUGUUAUUAGCUGCCUUGUUACUUCUGAAAUAAACUGUGUGCAUUGACUACA